AAAGUAAAAUCACAAUGGAGAACAUCAGUUGAAGGAAAAUGGUUGUCUCAGUAACUACGGGGCCCGAAAGAGCAUCCUCUCCCUUUCAGAAAGAGACACCAUUGGCCAAUUUUGAGGACAUAUUGAGCUUAGUUGGAGGAUGGUGUCGAUAUCAAAAGACAGUUUUGAUCUUCUUUUUCGUCACUUGCCUCUUUUUGGCGUACGCAUCCUACACACCUGUUUUAUUUCUCUACACUCCAGACCAUUUUUGCUCAGUGGAUCAAAUUUGGGAUUCCGCUGGAAGCAAAGAAUUGUCAUGGGACAAAGAGGACCUAACAAAUCUGUUAAUUCCAAUAGAUCAAUCCACCGGAAAAAGGAGUCAAUGUCAGAUAUACGACAUCCCAACGGAAAAGGUGGGUGAUUUGAUUCUUUUUGGCAAACAAAAUGAAUCUCAUUUCGGAACAAUUCCUUGCCCACAUGGGUGGUAUUACAACACUACUGGCUUGUUCUCCUCGGUUAUUACCGAUAUGGAUUGGGUCUGCGAUGAUGCCUGGAGAGGCCCUUUCAGCCAAUCCAUAUUUUCCGUGGGAGCACUGUUUGGCACACUCAUUUUGGGUUAUGUUGCUGAUACUUUCGGAAGACUCUCUGCUUGGUAUGCGGCCAAUCUUUUGCUCAUGGUCACCGGAUUGGUCACUCCAUUCAUGACUGAAUUCAUAGGAUUCUCGACUCUGAGAUUCUUACAAGGAAUGUCUUACGACAGUUUCUUUAGUAUCUUCUACGUGUUAGCUAUGGAGUGCGUGUCGUGUGACAAAAGAGCGUUGAUCGGUAAUUUGGCUCUGGCUGUUGGCAUGACAGUGGCAGGAUGCUACGAACCUUGGGUUUUGUACUACUUGCAAGACUGGAAAAUCCUGAACCUCAUUCUGUAUGCGCAAGUAACGGUGCUCAUGAUCUCACCCUGGUUUGUAUUUGAGUCGAUUCGUUGGUUGGCAAGUCAAGGGAGAAUUGACGAAGCUUACGAAACGCUCCUGAAGAUUGUCAAAGUCAAUGGACGGGAAAUCAAACCAGGUCUGGAAUCCCAAAUUAAGCGAGUGUUAGCCAAUGACGAGAAAACUAACAUUCAGAAGGACGGUGAAGAAAAGGAGCAACCAGCUUUCCUGGAUUUAGUCAAAACGCCCAACUUGCGAAAGAACUUCAUCAUCAUGGCCUUGGUGUUCAUGUUGACGUAUGGGCUCUUUGACGCGAAUGUCAGGAUUAUUGGGAACUUGGAUCAAAGCAUUUACAUCACCUUCACCAUUUCGUCCUUUUUGGAGCUCCCGGCGGACUUGCUAGCGAUUUGGGGAUUAGAUGCGAUUGGUAGACGAUGGUCAGCUUUUAUAUCAAUGUUUUUGAGCGGAAUCGCAAUGGGAGUAGGAGCCCUUCUUACAGACUAUCCUUUGGUUGUGACGAUCAUAACCAUGGUUGGACGUUUCUUUAUUACUUACGCCUUGAACACAGCCAUGAGUAUCCUCAUGGAAAUCGUGCCUACCGUGGUGAGAGGACAAGGCGUGGCUGUGGCCAGAUUGAUGUCAUGUCUAUCUAUUUUCUGUUCACCAUACAUCGUGUUUACGGGUACCUUUCACAAAAGCAUCCCAUACAUCAUCAUUGGGGUUCUGAACGUUUUGACUGCCUUCUUGGCCAUCCUCUUACCUGAAACUGCUCAUGAGGAUCUCCCGGAUACCUUAGAAGAUGGAAGAAACUUUGGAAAGGGUCAAGAUUUCUGGCAUAUGCCUUGCUUGAAAAAGAAGAACUGAGUAAUUAGAUGAUUUACUGGUUGGAAAAGUGAAAAAAUCCGAUUUGUAAGUUUGUUACCAAUUCUAACUUCGAGCAACUCUAUUCUUAGAAAUACACUUAUUAAUUUGUUA